CAGACAUCGCUCGUGUUCCGACUACUUUCCUUAUUGGUGCUGAUGGAACUAAAAUGCAACUUCCAUACAUGAAAGCAAGUGACAGUUCUUUCUUUGUGUUCAUCACCAGGAGAAGUCAAUGAAUUGGUUUGGGUUUGGUUUCAAUGGCUUUGGUCAGAUACGGCCGGCAGAUGUAACCUGUAAAGUGAACACACCUGUCCUGAUUUCAGAUGUGUGUAGAUCAUGUGUGCUCAUAUCAGACUGUAGAGUCAGAGCCAGCUGGAGCUCCAGAGCUCAUGUGCAUCACUCAGACUGUGGCAGUCAUGUGUGUGUGUCAGGGUUCGGGUCUGGGUCAUCAGAACAGGUGUGCGGAGACACUGUCCCAGAGAGUCAGGGGUGCACAGACGCUCUCAUCAGUGAAAGACACCUGAUGCUCACCUUCACAGACAGAGUGGAAUGCUGGGAAAUACAGCAGCCACAAAACAAGCUUGUGUGGAAGAGGGAGCAAGACCUCUCUGGCAAUACCGGACCAACCGUCCCGCUGCCGUUGGUGCCAGGCGGGUACGUCAUGCCCAGAUCUCCUUUCUUCCGUGCGCUCUGCUCUGAGCUGUGUGCCGUGAGCCUGGCGUUGGGCACAGAACACGCUGUGCUGCUGACGUCAGUCGGGACUGUGUAUUCCUGGGGAUCUGGAAGUCACGGUCAGCUGGGUCACGGCGCUCUGGCGUCGCAGGACGAGCCUCAGGUCGUGGAGGCGCUGUGGGGCGUCCCGAUCCGAGCUGUGUCCACUGGGAGCUGGCACUCCGCUUCUGUCAGCACUGGCGGGGACCUGUAUAUGUGGGGCUGGAAUGAAAGCGGGCAGCUCGGUCUGCCAUCUAGAGGCCUGGAGGAGGAAAAACACAGAGCAAAAAGCGGUGGAAACACUGACCAGACCAUAAAUAAAGAUGAAAAGAAGCAAGCCGAUAUGUUCAUCUCAAUUCAAGCGUUCCCUGCUCUAGUGGACGUCCCUAAUGUGUCGGAGAUCAGCAGGAUCAGCUGUGGGUCGCGUCACACAGCCGCCGUCACAGGUACAGGGGAUCUGUACACCUGGGGAUGGGGUCAUUAUGGACAGCUGGGACAUUGCAGUGAAAAUAGCGCAGAUGAGCCGACGCUGGUGGAUUAUUUCCCUACGCACAGCAUGUGUGUUCAGGAUGUUGUCUGUGGGUUAUGGAACACGUUUGUGUCCGCUGUGCCGAAAGAACAACCUCCAUCCUGACAAAAACAGACCC